CGGAAAUGAAAACCAUUUUAAAUCAAUGUUUUAUACGUCGUGUUGCUCAGUAUAAAAGGAUCGAACACGGUACAAGGUCAUGUUAAGCUUGUCGUUAAAUUUAAAUUUAAAUUCAAAAAUUUAAAACCCAUAUAUUACACCUAGUGCAACUUAGAUAACGGAGUCGUAUAUAUAUAUCAGUAGAUUAUGGAUAUAACAGUUGGAUAAUGUAAAAUAUAGAAAAAAGGAACAAAACUUGCUUUGACUAUGGACGUCAUUAAAGUAGUCACUACCGAACUUCCGGCUGUUGUUGGAAUAGUAGAAAAUGGUGAUAUUCUGUGGAUCAAUAAUCCUCAAGAAAAAAUACUUCAAAAAGUGAAAGUCAAUGAAAAAAUAGAUUUAAUUCAAGAAUUGACCAGUGUUAAAGUGUAUGACAUAGCGAAACUGGUCAAUGAUGAGGGAUAUUUAUUGUCAUUUUACAGUAAUCAUAUUCUUAAAAUGUUAACUCCUAAAGGACAAUUAAAACAAUUGUCAAGUAUAUCACCAUUUCUUCCAUUAGGAAUUCAUAUCACUAGGGAAAACGAUAUUUUAGUCGGAUUCCAGGAAAAUGCCCCAACCUUUCCAAUAACUGAAACAUCUCGCAGAGGAAUUAGAAAACUUGGUAUGGACAGAAAAGUGAAAUUUACUUUCGAAUACGACAAAGACAAACGAAGGUUAUUUACGUGUCCGUACCGUAUAACAACGAAUAUUAACGGUGAUAUUUGUGUGUCUGACAUUAUCACUGCCGAUAACUCUGGAAGAGUUACUGUUCUUGGUAAUGACGGCUCAGUGAAAUGGAGUUAUAUAGGGAAUCCAGAUGUGAACGGUGGAUGGAACAAAUUUAACCCUGAAGGAAUAGCUACGACCUCUCAAGGUCAUAUAGUCAUUACUGACUGUAACAAUCAUGCUAUACAUGUUUUAUCUAUGAAAGGAGAUGUGUUAUUGUGCCAGAAAACAAUGCAGCUUAACUUUAUUGCUCCAUGUAGUGUAUGCAUAGGAGAAAAUGACAUUUUGAAAAUAGGCUGUUCAUCAACAAAAGGCAAAAGUGAAGCUCAACUAGUAUUCCUUAAGAUAAAUAUCGACACAUAUUGAAGCAGACUUUCUUAUUCGGGUGAGGUAAACUUUAUAAUUCCGAAAAAUUUUGCACAGCCUUAAGUUUCAUAUAUUGCAAGGUAUUUACCGAAGACUGUUGUUGAGAACGAUGAUUGUAAAUUAUUGCUAAAGGUGCGAUUAUAUUGCAUGCUAUGCUUAUGAUAUGACUGACAUGAGACUUGUAGUAUACGUUAAUUUAGCGGAUCGCAGGCUACAACAACAAAACAUAAUAUCACAAAUAUGGAAUACUAUGUAUUACAAUGGAAAGGUGUUUAUUUGAUAUGUCAACCUGGUCGUCUCUGUGUCGACUUUAGAUGUUACAACGUGAAUUAGUUGCAGAUGUUUACGCUCUUCCUUAUUUUACAUUUUAAACUUUAGAAAACAUUUUAUUGUUUUUAAGCUCGAAAUAUAUCUAAUGUACAUCAACAGGACAAUAGCUCAUCCUUUUCAAAUUUCAAUGGUUCAUAAUUGUUUGUUUGUUACAUUGAUAUUGUUUACGAUUCCCAAUGUGCGUGUUAUACAAAUGUGAUUAAGUAAUGUGUAUGACACUAUAGAGAAAACAAGAAGAAUAGCAAACAAAACGAACGAUUGUCAUCUUACUCUUAGUCACGUUUUUUAUACAUUGUCAGGACAUUAUACCAUUGUUACAUUUUGAUUAUGUUGAUGCAAUAUUGUUUAACCCCAGAGAUAUAGUUUUCAUCGAGAACAACGGCCAAGGGUGAAUGGCAUGUCUGUUGGUUUGAUAUUUAGGUGUAUCAAUUGAUAUCUACUGUUAACAAUGUUUUCGGUUUUUUAAAUAUUCAUCAUUAAUUUUCUUAUAUUAUCGCAAAAUAUUAAGCUGCUCCUUGUUCGUGCUACAUGUAUCGACUGCUAUGGCAAUUUCUAACUUCUUUUAGUAGAAGAGAUGUUAAAUUUAUCAACUAUUUAAAAUUACAACGAAAUUUUGUUGGAAGAAAAACGAAAACCUUCCAUGAGGUGUGAUUGCCUAUGAUACAUGUAUGUGUAUCCACAAAGACCAAAGACAUGAUGUUAUAAACGGCAUUGAUAUUGAAUAGUUACAUAAGUAUUUGUUAUACAUGUUAGCUGCUCCAAAUCUCAUGACUUUUUUUUCGCGUUGUGAAUAUUAUAUUUUAGAAAUGAUAAACAUUAUGCUUUCAAACAAUGAGGGAAAAUACAUUUUAUGGUGCUCUAAUCAUAUAACUAUCGUACUUCCUAGACAUGACGUAAAGUGAACAAUUUUGCAACAAGUCAUAAGAUUGUUGGCUACCACAUAGCAACAGAGUGCUUUUUUUAAAGAUUUAUUUGCCUUUUUUCACAGGGGUCACUCGGAAGAUGUGGUAUGAAUGCCAAUGAGACAACUCUCUACAAGAGACCAAAUCACACAGAAAUGAACAACCUUAGGUUACUGAGUAACAAUGAGUAAAACCAGUAGCACAUACUACCCUUCAAAUCAUAAAGACAUAGGAUAUGUCUUUCUAGAUAUUUGUUCUGUAUUCUGUGACAAGGUUUUGAUGACCUUAGGGAAAUAUAUUUGCACAUACCUUCUACAAUAAAAUCAUUAAAGGACAUUAACGGAUCUGGUUUAGUAAUCUGGUGAAUGAUUCUAUACGUGGUAUUAUUCAUGGUAUUUAUUGGAGAUACGAAAUAUGUCUCUUCUCUCAGCAUGAAUGAUCCAGUCUGAAAACAAAUGAGAUUCUUUAUAUUUAUAUUUUAAUAAUAUAUGUCCUGUUAUGUAAAUAUGCUGUUUUAGUCAAAUACAAUUUUAGAAAGAAAAAAACAGCAUUGUGUUUUUGUCAAUAUUUCUUUUAUGUUUUAU